AAAAAUAGAUAGGGAUUUUUAUUUUUUUGAGUAAUUGAGCAUGCAGGAAACAUGAUCAACAAUUUUCUUGUUUUGACAAACUUCUCAGCACUGGCAAAAGCAGGGAAACAUUUUUUGUGACAUCAGUGAUGAGCUUAUCGAAAGGUAUUUUCCUAAUGAUUUCUCAUUAGAUAAAUGUCAACAGACCGUAGUCAAGACUAGAUGAAAAGUCUCCAGGCUGACCUGUUAGCUGCCACUGAGAAGCCCAUUCGUUACCCAUUACCUGAGGUAUUUGGGAGUGUAGUGGGAACCAGACUGAAGCUGACAACAUGUUUGGAAAGGUUACUGGCUUGCUACUAUGCAGUACAUGGUGACGUGAACUAGAUUUAGCUCUGCACCCACUUCUAGUUCCCACACCUAAUGCCUCAGCAUUUUGCUUUUAAACUGGGAAUUAUUUCUUAGGAAGCGUAGCAUCUACCUGGGAAAUUUCCAUCAGUGGGUUUCUGUUUUCUGGGAAGACAGAAAGUAUGCCCCCCCUUCUUCCUAACCAUGCAAGUCAAACAUCCUGUAAUUGAAGUAAUCCAAAUAAUUGUCUUCUGCCUCUGAUAUCCUGCUGCUUCAGUACACAGUGACCCAACCACAGUCUGUAGUGGGGCUUUGGCUGCUCCUCCUUGGUGCUUGUCCCUUGCUGAAGGUGAUGUGGAGGAGGGGAAGGAAGGUAGUUCAAACAGUUUUUUAUCUCUUUUGGAUCCCUGUCAGUAAGGGGAGGAGGAGGUGAAGAGCAAUGACCUGAGCGUAGCAAAUGCUGUUACCCUCUUGCAUCAUAAUUAUUUCAUUUCUGAGGGGAAGUUAGAAGCAGCAACAGCAAUAAAAGCAGCAGUUUCUGCCUUGUCCUCCAGAGCAGCAUCAACAGGCAUCUGUACCAUGACACUGCACUGCAUGGGUCUGUUUCUCUUGCUUGUGCUGGGUUCGUGGUGGCCAGACUCAGAGAAACGUGUGGCGGGAGCUGUGAAGGUCAGGGAGCACUAUAUAGCUGCUCAGAUCACUAGCUGGACCUACAAACUGGAAUCUGAGGAAAAGUCCAGAUUGGAACACCCACAUCCUGUGUUUAAGAAAAUUUCUUACAGAGAAUAUGAAGGGGAUUUUAAAAAAGAAAAGCCAGCAAAUACAUUUGCAGGACUUCUGGGACCAACUCUGCGUGCUGAAGUGGGAGAUACUCUAGUAGUUCACCUUAAAAAUAUGGCUGACAAGCCAGUCAGUAUUCAUCCCCAAGGCCUAGUUUACAGCAAACAUGAAGAAGGCUCCCUGUAUGAUGACAGAACAUCAUUUGCAGAAAAACGAGAUGAUGCUGUACUUCCAGGCCAGGUCUAUACAUAUGUGUGGGAUAUAUCAGAAGAAGUUGGUCCAAGAGAAGCUGACCUUCCUUGUCUUACUUAUGCUUAUUAUUCUCAUGUGAACAUGACAGUGGAUUUUAACUCUGGUUUGAUUGGAGCACUGCUUAUCUGUAAGAAAGGAAGCCUAAAUGAGGAUGGGUCACAGAAACUUUUUGACAGGGAGUAUGUACUGAUGUUUGGUGUGUUUGAUGAAAACAAGAGUUGGCAAAAAUCAGCAUCAGUCAAGUACACAAUUAAUGGCUAUACUGAUGGAACAUUACCAGAUUUAGAGGCUUGUGCUUAUGACAACAUUAGCUGGCACUUGAUAGGAAUGAGUUCCAAGCCAGAAAUUUUCUCCAUUCAUAUCAAUGGCCAGUCCUUGGAGCAAAGACAUCACCGAGUUUCUACCAUUAACCUGGUGGGAGGAGCAUCAACCACAGUAAACAUGACAGUGACUGAGGAAGGAAGGUGGCUCAUAUCUUCUCUUGUCCAAAAGCACCUGCAAGCUGGAAUGCAUGGUUACCUCACUGUAAGAGACUGUGGGGACAAAGAGGUGAAGAGGAGUCAGCUCUCCUAUAAAGAACGUCUUAUGGUCAAAAACUGGGAAUAUUUCAUUGCUGCAGAAGAAGUUACUUGGGAUUAUGCCCCAACUAUUCCAGACAGCCUUGAUAGACACUAUAAAACACAACACUUGGACAACUUCUCAAAUCUCAUAGGUAAAAGGUAUAAAAAGGCUAUUUUUAGGCAAUACACUGAUGCCACCUUCACAAAACGUCUGGAAAAUCCCCGCCCAAAGGAAACUGGGAUCUUGGGCCCUGUUAUCAGAGCUCAACUUAAUGACAAAGUCAAAGUUGUAUUCAAAAAUAAGGCCAGUCGACCCUACAGCAUUUACUUCCAUGGAGUGACACUUUCAAAGAAUGCAGAAGGAGCUGAUUAUCCUCUGGACCACACAAGCAAUGACACCCAGAGUAGAGGAGUUGAACCAGGGAAGACGUACACUUACGAAUGGAAAAUCUCUAAAACAGACCAACCCACUCGACAGGAUGCUCAAUGUAUUACAAGGCUAUAUCAUAGUGCUGUAAAUACUGAGAGAGAUAUAGCCUCUGGGCUGAUAGGCCCACUGCUGAUUUGCAAAAGUGAAGCACUGACACAGAAGGGUGUGCAGAAAAAGGCAGAUGGGGAGCAGCAGGCAAUGUUUGCUGUGUUCGAUGAAAAUAAGAGCUGGUACCUAGAGGAUAACAUCGAGGAGUACUGCAGCAACCCAGCCAGUGUUAAAAGGGAUGAUCCCAAGUUCUAUAACUCAAACGUAAUGCACACAAUAAAUGGCUAUGUGUCUGACAGCAGUGAAAUUCUUGGAUUUUGCCAAGAUACUGUGGUUCAGUGGCACUUUUCCAGUGUUGGCACUCAUGAUGAGAUUGUCUCUGUUCGCCUUUCUGGACACUCUUUUCUGUAUCGAGGGAAAUAUGAAGAUACAUUGAACCUUUUCCCAAUGAGUGGAGAAUCAGUCACAGUGGAAAUGGACAAUGGUGGUACUUGGCUUUUAGCGUCCUGGGGUACCUCAGAGAUGAGUUACGGCAUGCGACUGAGGUUCAGAGAUGCCAGAUGUGAAUAUGAGGAAGAUUACACGUUUGAUGUUGUGGAUUUCACUCACAUCAAGACUGAAAAAAAGGCUGUUUCUGCCUCAGUUGAGGAAGAUGUGCAAGAAGAAGAGGAAGAUCCAGAGGACUUGGAUUAUCAGGAAUACCUGGCUUCUCUUUACUCCAUCCGAAGCUCAAGGAAGCCAUCAGAUGAUGAAGAAAAGGAAAACCUUACAGCACUAGCCUGGGAUCAGUAUGAAGCCAGUGAUGCCACGAGUUCUGAGGUGGCAGCUGGCUCCGAUCUGACAGCUAUAAAUAGUAGUGAAUCAACACACAACUCUAAAUUCUUAGAAACUCAUAUCACCCCUCUUCCCCUAAUCAAGGCUGAAACAUUCCAGUCAAAUCACACAUCAAUCGCAGCAGAAGAGGCUUUAUUUUUAGCUACCACAAGUGAUGAAACGGCUGACUUGGUAUUUGAGAAUAAAAGCCAAAGCAAUUAUGAAAUAGCUCACGGUGACAUGUCUGCAGGUGAACACUUGCUGAGCAAUGGGGAAGGCCCAAUGAAUGUUGCAGAAGAGCUUCCAGCUGGUGGAAAGGACAGUAAAUUUUUUUCAGAAGAACAUCAAGUGGAAACCACAGAAAGAGGAAAUUAUAACAUUAACAGGAAAAGACGAAGCUCAUUGGCCAUGAAGUUUUACUCUGUCCAAAAAAUGAAUGCCCUUCUAAAUCACGUACGAAAUAAAAAUGUCUCAUUUUCUGACAAGACUAGUGCACCUCCUUCUGUGAAUCACACAGAGAACACCUCCAAUAUAGCCAUGGUGGGAUCUGCCCAGUUUCUGAAUGAUUAUGGUGAUGAACUGGUAGAGGAGGAAAACAAGAUGGAAAAUGCUCUGCGUGCAGUUAACUUGACACUUGCUUUGGACCUCAUAGCAGGAGAUGAGUCUAAUGCAUCCAGCCUUUAUGAACCCAAGAUAUCUAAAGAUCAACUAGCAGAUGCUUUAUAUUUAGAUCAUAUUUUAGGUGAUACAAGCCCUAAUUCCAGCCCUGCAGUAGUGAAGAACUUAGAAGCGUCACUGCCCAGAGUAGGGAAAUAUUCAUCUAAAAUGACUAGUGAGGAAUGGAAUUUGGUGUCUGCAAAGAGUAAUCUGGGAGAAGAGGCAAAUUUAGAUAAAUCUGUUGGCAGUAAGUUAAAUCAUCAUGGCAGAAAUGGUACAGCAUUCAUAAAUAAGGAGGAUAUGAAGAAGUAUCAAGAGUUCUCACAUCUAGUGGGGGAAAACCAGAAAGGGAGCCACAUGCACCCAACUCAGAAAGGAAAGGAAGAAAACAAGAAUGAUACUUUAAGUACAUCUGGAACCUCCGUCAGGAUCCGAAGGAAAAAGAAGGAAGAUCCAAAAAUGAUCCACGCACUGGGCCCAAGGAGUAAAAACUCCCAAACAGUCACCAAUUCUUUGCCAGGGAUGUUUCUGGGUGAGACCAACCACACAGCACCGCCGUGCUGCACUAACACCACAGGGGCACCCAGUGAGGCCAACCAUGCAAUGGAUCUGAGUAGAGCCAGGCACAGAGAGCUGCAAAAUUCCGCACUCACCCCGCGGCAGCUUAGGCCAUCGAUCACAAUUGGGCUUCCCAAAGAAAAUGGAGACUACGAGAUUCUCAUGGGAGAAUCUGACAGGGAGGAAACAUCAGGUGUUGAAUACGAGUACCAUUAUGUGAACGUGGAUGACCCAUACAUGACAGACCCCAAGCUGAAUAUCAACGAGCAACGUAACCCAGAGAACAUUGCUGAACAUUACCUGCGCAGCCGAGGGAAUGAGAGGAGGUACUAUAUUGCAGCUGAAGAGGUCUGCUGGAACUAUACAGGAUAUCAAAAAAGUCCAAUGAUGAGUGACAAAACCUGUAAAGAUGGCACCAGAUAUAAGGUGAUUUUCCAAAGCUAUACAGACAGUACCUUUACGACUCUUCAGGAUGGAGAUGAAUACACAGAACACCUUGGCAUCCUGGGGCCAGUUAUCCGAGCUGAAGUGGACGACGUUAUCCUAGUUCAUUUUAAGAAUCUGGCAUCCAGACCAUAUUCCCUCCAUGCUCAUGGACUUCUCUAUGAAAAGUCCUCUGAGGGAAGCAUUUAUGAUGACGAAUCUACUGCUUGGUUUAAGGAAGAUGAUGAAGUCCAGCCAAAUAACAGCUACAUAUAUGUAUGGUAUGCAAACAGGCGAUCGGGGCCUGUGCAGUCAGGAGCAGCUUGUCGGUCAUGGAUCUACUACUCAGAUUUAAAUAUGGAGAAAGAUAUUCACUCUGGUUUGAUUGGGCCAAUACUGAUCUGUCAAAAAGGAACCUUCAGCAAAUCAAACAGCAGCGAGACAUCUACCCGAGACUUUUUCUUGCUUUUUAUGGUCUUCGAUGAAGAGAAAAGCUGGUACUUCGACAAACGUUCUAGAAGGCCUUGUAGUGAGAAGACACAAGGAAUGCAGCAAUGCCACAAAUUUUAUGCCAUUAAUGGGAUUACCCACAAUUUACAAGGCUUGAGGAUGUAUGAAGGUGAACGGGUCCGAUGGCAUUUGCUGAACAUGGGUGGUCCAAAAGACAUUCAUGUUGUUCAUUUUCAUGGUCAGACUUUCAUAGAACAGGGAGAGCCAGAGCAUCAGCUUGGUACAUACACACUCCUUCCAGGUUCAUUUAGAACAAUUGAAAUGAAGCCACAGAGGCCUGGCUGGUGGCUUUUAGACACUGAAGUGGGGGAAUAUCAGCAAGCAGGAAUGCAGGCAUCCUAUUUGGUUAUAGAGAAAGAGUGCAGGAUACCAAUGGGUCUGGCAAGUGGAGUUAUACUCGAUUCACAGAUUGAAGCUUCAGAUCACAUAGACUAUUGGGAACCUAAAUUAGCCCGAUUAGACAAUUCUGGAACAUACAACGCUUGGAGUACUAUAAUGAAGGAAGAAAAACUCUCUUGGAUCCAGGUGGACCUUCAAAGACAAGUUUUGUUAACUGGGAUACAGACACAGGGAGCCAAGCAGUUUUUAAGGUCCUUGUACAUCCAGAAGUUUUUUCUUGUUUACAGCAAAGACAAACGGACGUGGAACACCUUCAAAGGAGACAGCUCGCCAGUACAAAAGAUUUUUGAAGGUAAUUCCAAUGCCUAUGAGGUAAAAGAGAACAUCAUUGAUCCCCCUAUUAUUGCCAGGUACAUCAGACUCUACCCCACCGAGGUCUACAACAGGCCUACUCUUCGCAUGGAGCUUCUGGGCUGUGAAGUAGAUGGUUGCUCUUUGCCACUUGGAAUGGAAAAUGGAGAGAUCAAGAAUAGCCAGAUAACAGCCUCAUCUGCUAAGACAUCCUGGUUUAACACAUGGGACCCUUCACUUGCUCGUCUCAAUCAGAAAGGAAAGAUGAAUGCCUGGCGAGCCAAGUUGAACAACAACCAACAGUGGCUGCAAAUUGAUCUCCUCACAGUUAAGAAGAUAACUGCUAUUGCCACCCAGGGGGUCACGUCCAUGUCUACUGAAAACUUUGUGAAAACCUAUGUUAUCCUAUACAGCAACGAAGGCUCAGAGUGGAAAUCCUACACAGAAGGUUCAAGCUCAGUUGCAAAGGUUUUCUUGGGUAAUGAAAACAGCAACGGGCACGUCAAGCAUUUCUUUAACCCACCCAUCCUGGCCAGGUUUAUCCGCAUUGUUCCAAGAACGUGGUAUCGUGGCAUUGCCCUUCGGGUAGAACUCUAUGGCUGUGAUUUUGGUGGGGGUCUGGCUGUGAAAAGGACUGGCGAGUCUGGGAGCUCUUAACCUUUCAGCAGUCGUCACGCAGAACAUGUUUUUUGAAAAACCCUUGAAACAGUCAUGCGUAGUAGUUUGAAUGUUACAUCAUCAGAGAACUUUGAUGUUUUGCCAGCGGGAAUUGAAAGAGAUUUCUCUGGUAGAUGUUUCAUUCCUACAAACACACACUUUAGAAAACAGCUUCUUUUCUCUGGGAAGAAAUAAAGGUCCCUUCUGAUUUGUAUUAUCACUUCAUUCUGACCAGUACUCUAUCUUACUUUUUACUUAAUAUUAAGUUCUAGAUCUAGGAAUGGAGACUUUGACCUUAAUCUUGAGCCCUGAUUAUGUCCAUUUGAUAAAUGCUUUUGCAGCACAGAGGAGGAAUAGAAAGCUAUAUCAGGUGGAUGUUCUCCAUACAUAGGGCUGAGAGGGAAAACCAGUGCUCAUCUGGAGCUGUGGUGCUGCAUUCCAGCAAUGCCUUGGUAAGAAAUGAUUGUAGGGGUGUUCUCACCUCCACAUGUCUGUCAUCUACGCUGUGACAAUGGUAGAGCACAUCUCAGCAUUUGAGUCAUGUCCAAACCUCUUCUCAGAGAAUGUGGAUUGAUUGAACGUUAUUGAUUUGGUUCUUGCAUACCCAGCACACCUGAAAUGCUGUGGAUUUCACAUAAUUCAUCUUCAGUGCCCUGGCAAGGAGAGGGAGAAUCAGCAGUAUCUUUCCAUCCCAGAAAUGAGAACAGAAGUGAUUUAACCUUGCGGGUCAUGGAACAGCAAUGGUAGGACCAAAGUGAGAAUCCAGAGCUCCUGACACUCAGUCCCAGACAGACAGACCAUGGGGAGGAGGGGCUCCCUUGAUUAGGAAAGCUUUGAGAACGGUAGCUGUUCAGUGACAGUGCAACCUGGGGAUGGCAGAGGAGGAUCGGAUGAAACUGGGUAAUAGAAACAUCUUCACCUUCUCUUACACUUUAACAGUGUUUUCACUCUUGUGCAUAGAGCUUACAUGGAUUUUUCCCAGGAUGGCUAAAUCUGGUGAAAGUAGAUACACAGUCCAUGAACUCAUUAUUCCAGAGUUCUAGCUAAGCUUUCAGUCAUGUUUUGGGAUUCUGUCCUGUAAAUUGUUUAAUUGCAGCAUUUCAAUUAUCACACACUAGGUAUCAUUCAGCAGGGUGGAUUUUUCAAAGUAGUUUGUCUUUGAACCUUGGAUGGUGUUAUCCAAGUUAUUUCAGUAGUUUUUCAAUUCUUUAUUUCAUAGACCAGGCAUUUCAAAGAGAAGAUUUAGAAUGUGAGUGAAAAGAGUGUAAAAACUAAACAAAUAUUUUCUUUUUUUUCUUUUUUUUAUACUGCGUUACAAACUGUUGUCAUUUUCCACUGGAAAAUAAAGAUAAUAUUGUAGCAUGAAAA